AAGCACUUGUUGCACUUGAACCUGCACUUUGAGAAUGUGGAUCGUGUUUCUACUGGUCUCAGCAAUCGUCGAAGCUGCGCCCCCCGCGCUCAGCCUUGUGGAGCACUUCGAUCAUAUUAUAACGAAUGGAUAUCCGGCGACAUUGGGUCAAGCGCCCUACAUUGUCGGCCUGCUGAUGCGAGCGGGGGCGGCGGGCAGCUGGUGUGGGGGCUCCAUUAUACACCACAACUGGGUGCUGACCGCCGCCCAUUGCACCGACGACAUGGACGGGGCGACAAUCUUCUAUGGCGCCACGAGGCGCACUCAGGCGCUGUUCAGCGUGAAUGUGAGUGCCGAGCAGAUUAUUCAGCAUCCCGAAUGGCCGCAGAGCAUUGGCAAUGACAUCGCCCUGAUACGCACACCGCAUGUGGAUUAUUGGUCGCUGGUCAAUAAGGUGGCAUUGCCAGCGAUCGCCGAGCGGAGCAAGAGCUAUGUGGAUGAGAUGGCCACCACAUGCGGCUGGGGCAGCACAAGCGAUGGCAGUCCUCUACCCGAGUGGCUGCAGUGCGUCGAUCUGCGCAUCAUCAGCAAUCAGCGCUGUUCUCGCAGCUACGGACGUCUUCCAGCGAGCGUUUUGUGCGUCGACACACCCGAGGGUCGAUCCAUAUGCGAUGGCGACUCCGGUGGUCCACUGGUCACCAUGGGUGAGGAGCCAACUCUGAUUGGCGUCACAUCGUUCAGCGAUGCAAGUAGCUGCACUUCGGUGGCUCCAGCUGGUUUCACUAGAGUCACCGCCCACUUGGACUGGAUCGAAGAGGUCUCCGGUGUGGCUUACUAGGCAUACUUAUGUAUGUACAUGAAA